GCGCGCUAUUUUCACUGCCCAGACAGAAAUGAACCUGCCCGACCCACCAAGCGACACAAUAACCGACAUAAAAGUGCGAGAAGACAAUAUUUACGUUUCUUCGUUCGAUAAAACACUGAGAAUAUACCAAGACGGUCUCCUGUCUCGCACGAUCGCGCACAACCUGCCCAUUUUGAAAGUAGAGUUCUUCAACAGCGAGCCAAUUUUCACUGAUAUUGCCGGUAAUGUCAACACGCACCACCUGUGUAUUAAAACUGAUUGCGGCGGCAUCCAAGGCAUUUCGGUGCACAACAAUGCAAUUAUCGCGGCUGGUUGGAAUAAGAAGCUGCAGAUAAUCCAAAACAACGAAAUACAACGUACAAUAGAACUACAGGAAAAGGUGUAUGCAAUGGACCGAUGCGAUGAUGUCAUCCUUAUGGGCUGUAGCAACAACACAUACAUGCUUGUUGAUAUGAGAAAGCCCGAAAAAAUAAUGAGACGAAGCGUGGCUGGUCCUAUUACCAGCGUGGUACUGAGUGAAUAUGCGAUAAUUGGCAUGCUGAACGGUAAAAUUCGUGUUGAUUCCUCGGUGAUGGGCAGCAGCCGAGCAUCCGACACGUAUACGUUCAACUGCCACCAUAAAUCGAGUGGCAACAAACGAAUAAACUACCCCGUGAACGCCUUGAUACUUGAUGGCACGCUCAUAUCGUGUGGUAGCGAUGGGUCUAUAAACGAAUGGAAUGUUCUCGAUAGAAUGAUGCUAAAGGAAAUAUACCGCUCUGAUUUGAAUGUCUCAGCCAUUGAAAGGUAUAAAAAUAAGAUUGUGGCUGGUUUGAGCUAUAACUACGAGCAGGGUGACAGAGAAAGCUUCAAACCCGAACUUAGAAUCCUGCACAGGUGAUCACGUACAUACGGUUGGAUCUGUCAAAAAUUAUGUUGUUUAAUGAAUGAUGCGUGCUUCUGUGCGUAUUUCUCAGUAAAUUUGGUUUUUCAUCUCACAACCGUGCCAACAAGCAAGUUAUAGCUAUCAAUACGUGCCUGAUGAUCGUUUGGAUCAAGUGCUCUUGAUUGUUCCGUAUUGCUUUCUAAAUGGGAUGCCUUGCUCAAUGUUGACGGAGAGGGAUCGUUUUCAACGAUUGUUGCUUAAAGAGGAUACUUUGCUUGGUGUUGACAUGAAGAAUAAUAAUUUUGACAUUUGCGAUCAUCAAGGAACCUUUACUUGUGCAGCUGCCAUAUACCCAUCCCGCAUCUUGGCAUCUCCAUUGUUACACACCGCUCAUGGCGCCGUAUUCUGGUAAUAAACCGGCACUUGUACAGUUUUGAACUUCACAUUAACCACUAUAGCUUAGAGGGCGUCACCCCGAUUAACAGCUUGACAUUACGCUCUUUAAUUCCUUCAUUGGUAAUUUCCAGCCUGUAGCACUGGUUUUGGCAGUACAGCACUCCGAAUCCCUUUAUAACCGAGCUGUGCCUGUCGUUGCUCAGAAGAUACUUCACAUCCUUUCCUCCCUCCAGGUCCCAAAUCAUUCUGUUAUCGCAGUCAGCAUCAAAUUUAACAUAUUUUGAGCUGUUGCCCGCUAAAGACGUGACACAUUCGAUCACCAGUUCGUU